AUGUCCUGCCUCACAACUUCAAGUUUUCCUACCUCUACAUCUUCAUCUCUACCUCUCUCAAUCGGUGCUACCACCUCCUCAGAAUCUUCCAUCGACAACUUCAUAACGGACAUCAUUUCGGCUGUGACAAAAGAAGAUGUUUCGUUAUGCGGGAAUUGUGAAGAGGGUGCCUCCGCAUUUUCAAAAUGCAUGGAUUGCAGCGAACGACUAUGUGAUACAUGUGUUCGAGCACAUCGAAGAGUUCGAUUGACCAAAGAUCACAGGAUUUCCAGGUUUACCAGUUCAGUUGUUACGCCGCCUCACACCACCAGUGCUGGAUCUCUAGGAUCCUCAUCUCAAAUAAGUACAAGUCCUUGCAACAAUGCAAUCAACAAUUUGUGUGAUAGUCAUCGAGAACCUCACAGGUUAUUUUGUCAAACAUGCAUCACCCCCACGUGCACGGAAUGCCUGAUGGAGGACCAUUGCGGCCACCAGCUCACCUACAUCGAAGAUGCCAUCGAAACGGCCAAAGUUGCGAAUCAAAAACUGAACACCGAAACCCGAACGGCCAUCAUGGCCGUCAGAGAAGCGAUAGACAACGUGCAACGUAUGUCCGAGAACGUGGAGCUUAGGUCCAUACAGGCGGCUACCGAAAUUCGAAGCGUUAUGAGAAGGUAUAUAUCUGCCUUAGAAGAUCGAGAGAUCGAGCUACUGAAGCGCAUCGACCAAGCGAGACAAAUCAAGGGAAAACUACUGAUGUCUCAGGUGGAAAACCUACGCGUAGCUCUCUCGAAGCUCACCUGCACAUCCGACCUUCUAAACGAAAGCGUGGACGCUACAAACGCAUUCGACAUAAUCGGCAUCAACGAGAGAGCGACCAACGACCUGAAACAAAUCCGGACCUUGAGACCGGAACUCUCCCCCUGUGAAGACGACGGUAUAAUGUUCCUACCGCCAGACAAUGGCUUCCUGCGUGCAAUAUCCUCCAUUGGCAAUGUAUCUAUAAGUUCUUCCAUAAUGUCUUCCAGGGUCGUGAGACCUCCGCCGGUCAUCAAGGACCAGCAGCUGUUCGCGAAGCGCGAAAUCAAAGAGGAGCCCAUGAGGAACCGUCCCAUUUUCGGUGCCAGUCCAGUGAUCGCUAAAGACACCGGACCUCUGCCUUCUUUGACGUUUGGCAGCGAGGGUGAGAACGACGGCCAGCUCUGCAGACCUUGGGGCGUUUGCUGCGACCAUCUCGGCAACAUCAUCGUGGCUGAUCGCAGCAACAACCGCAUUCAAAUCUUCAACGCGAGCGGAAAGUUCAUACACAAGUUCGGCGGUCAGGGUACAGCCCCUGGGCAGUUUGAUAGACCGGCCGGAGUAGCAAUAAAUCAUCUCGGGAACGUCGUGGUUGCUGAUAAGGAUAACCACCGCAUCCAGGUGUUCAAACUUGACGGCACUUUCAUCCUGACCUUCGGGGAAAAGGGAACCAGGAAUGGCCAGUUCAACUAUCCAUGGGAUGUGGCGUGUAACUCACUGGGGCAGAUUGUGGUUUCAGAUACGAGAAACCAUCGUAUCCAGCUGUUUACCAGCGACGGAACUUUCCUGAACAAAUACGGGUUCGAGGGAUCUUCGACAAUGUGGAAGCACUUCGAUUCGCCCAGAGGCGUAUGUUUCACGCCCAAAGGCAAUAUCAUCGUGACCGACUUUAAUAAUCAUCGUCUGGUGGUUGUGGAGCAACAUUUUCUGCAGGCUCAGUUUCUCGGCCAGGAGGGAUCCAGUUUCAAGCAGUUUUUGAGACCGCAAGGUGUCAUCUGUGACGAUGAGGGUAACAUUGUCGUGGCUGAUUCCAGGAAUAAUCGGAUCCAAGUGUUCGAGAGCAAUGGAAACUUCUUGUGGAAAGUUGGUCAGCCUGGAAAGUGCCCUGGGGAACUGGACAGACCCAGUGGUAUCUGCCUGAAUCCAGAAGGUCGCAUUGUCGUAGUUGAUUUCGGAAAUAAUCGAGUACAAGUUUUUUAG